UGUAUGGUUUUGCCCUGAUGCUUUGUAACAUCUCUUUCUUAAACAUUGCUAGGAACACAGUACGCAGCCAGUCCUCUCACCUAUAUUAAUUUCAUGGAUCCUGAACGACUUGUCCAAUGCCCUUAUGAUAAGAACCACCAGAUCAGAGCCUGCAGGUUACCUUACCACUUGGUGAAAUGCAGAAAGAACAACCAGAAGAUCGCCAGAGAGCUUGCAACAUGCCCCUACAAUGCCCGUCACAGAGUUCCAAAGCAGGAGUUAAAAUUGCACAUGGCAACUUGUGAGAACAAAGUUUCUCCAGAGGUCUUGGAGGUCACUUCAAGCAGAGGUGAUCCAAAGAACAGAAUCAAAGAGGUGACAGCCUGGCAGUGCCCCCCUCCAGAAGAAGACUGGGAGGCUGAUGCUGAUGAAUAUCCUGCUGCUCCUUUUGUUUUUGGCACCAGCUACUCUGGUGAGAGGAGGUAGAAAUACACAUCUUCCUUUUUUGAACUAGGCUCUCCUAUAAUUUAUCAGCUUUGGGAAAUGCUACUGCAACGGUUUGGGGACCAUCCUAAGCUACUCUGGCAGGCUGCCAGUGGCAAAAAAAUACUCAAAAUGUCACUGCAAGAUCACCACAGGGAUUCUCCAGAAGGAGCGACAGAAUACAUACAUUUUAAAAACCCAGCUUGUUAAGAAAUGCUUUUAAAAUU